AAGAUUAAUUAACUUUAUAUAAUAUUGGGUUAUUUGCAAAUUACAUUUCAAGAUUUAUCUUUGUUGCUUUUGCAAUUUUGGUUGUCCUUUUUUUUUUUUAGGGUUGGAGAUAAACUUUAUACGGUAUCCCAACGACUCGAACUUACCGGAGACUAGCUAGGGUUUUAACGCAGCCAUGAAAUCAAAGCGGCAGAACGUGUCCGAGUCUCGUCAAACCAUCCUUGGAAGCCACUCAACUAGUUCUGACGAAAACUCUGAAUCAAUCCCAAUUGAUCUCAUUAUCGACAUAUUCUUGAGGUUGCCGGUGAAGUCUAUAGCUAGGUGUCGUUGCGUAUCAAAGCUCUGGGAGAAAUCACUUCGUCUUCCCUAUUUCACGGAGUUGUACUUGACAAGAUCUUCUGCUCACCCGAGGCUCUUGUUCGUCUGCGAAAUAUACAAUGAGCUGUUAUCCUUCUCAACACCUCAGACUCAAAAUCUUUGUGAGAGCUCGUCUUCUUCAGUUGCCCCAAGUUAUCAUCAUAUGAAGUUUCCUUUGUAUAGCUGCUAUGGUAUUAUUAGUCCUAUCAAUGGCCUUGUUUUCACCAGCGGACGACAGAUCUUAAAAGGAAGGAAAAUUUCCAAGUUAGUGUCGGUGAUAUGUAACCCUAGCACCGGGGAAUCCUUAACCUUACCAAAACCUCAGACAAGGAAGAAGAUUUCGAUAAGAAGCUAUUUUGGGUAUGAUCCAAUCGAGAAACAAUUCAAGGUAUUGUCGAUGACCCGGUCAGGUGAUGGGAGCUAUAAGGAGCAUCAAGUUCUGACAUUAGGAACUGAGAACCCGACAUGGAGAAUGAUUGACUGUGGCAUUACCCAUAGGCUUUCUAGCUUUGAUGAUGUUAUAUGCAUCAAUGGUCUUAUGUAUUUUCUAGAUUCCGACCACAUGAUAGUUUGCUUUGAUGUUAGGUCAGAGAAGUUCAGCUUUAUUAAAACAUCUUUCGAUAGGUCUUCUAGAACAGUUAUGAUUAACUACAACGGUAAACUGGCUUCACUUAUGUCGGAGGGGUGUAUUUAUAAUAGUGGAAGAGGUCGUAGGUUUGAUAAUUAUAUUACUGGAACAAGUACAAGUCUUGAGAUGUGGGUUCUAGAAGAUGCCGGAAAACAUGAAUGGUCCAAGCAUAUUUAUGAAUUACCCCCUCUGUGGAAGAAUGUACUUGAAAAGCACACAUUUGUUGGAGUGGCUGGUACAAACGAACUUGUGUUGUCGCCGUGCUAUGCAUCUCACCCUUUCUAUGUUUUCUACUACAACUUUGAGACAAAAACUAUCAGAAGAGUUGAAAUUGAAGGAUCGUUUAAGGAGUUGACAUCCAACCGUUUUUUUGAAGUCAGCAUCUUACUAGGCCAUGUAGAGGACGUGAAACUUAUGAAAUGUUCUGAUACUUCAUAAGUUGAGAUUUUGUAACAUUUGCCAUAGUAUCAAAUUAGGAUCUUAUUUGAACUCAAUGCGAAUCUAUAUUUCAGCUCUUUGAUUGAUCCAAUACGUGUACAUGUAUAUGCAUAUAAAUGCU